AUGGAUCCAACCGAUUAUCGUGCACUACACGAAAGUUUGAUGGAAAAUAACAACGGAACAACCGCCGUCAACGUGUUCCUGCACAUCGCACCGCCUGUGUUCAGCGUGUUUCACACGGUUCAACUCAUCACCGUGGCCAGCAUCACACACAUACCGCUUCGGUUUUUGGUGGAAUUUUUCCUUAUCGUGCUCCCGUUUAUAUUGCUUGUCACCGUGCUACACCGGUUAGCGCUCAACAUCACGCUAACGCUACUCGUCCUGUCCACGAUAUCGGCCGUCCAUCAGAUCCGGCACCGAUUGCAUCUGAUGCCGUUUGUGCAGGUACCCGGAAAGUCACCGCAAUUCCUCACUUGCGUCCGGGCGUUGGUAAACCUCACGACGGCCGUCUGCAUACUGGCGGUGGAUUUUCAUUGCUUUCCACGCGAGCUUGCCAAAACGGAAACGUUCGGUUAUGGGCUGAUGGACAUCGGAGUGGGACUGUACGUGUUUAGCAAUGGGAUCGUGUACAAGGUACGUCCAGCUGAUGAACGACGUAUAAAUGCGGCUCGAGUAUGGAAGGUUCUUUCCGGGACGGGACCACUGUUACUGCUUGGUUUUGGCCGAUUUUUCCUCACCAGCGAGCUGGACUAUCAGUUGCACGUGUCGGAGUACGGAGUGCACUGGAACUUUUUCAUCACACUCGCGUUCGUAAAGUUUGCUGGUACGCUUAUUAUGGAUCUGGUGCACGAUCCGGAAGUGAUUAAAUUCGUAGCCAUCACGCUACUCUGCUGCCACGAAAUGAUGCUUCAUCUCGGCGUGUCUCGGUACGUACUGAGCGCGGACACACACCGAACAUCGUUCUUCUCUGCAAACCGGGAAGGAAUCGUAUCACUGCCGGGAUAUCUUGCCCUGUUCCUGGCCUCCGUGUACAUCGGAUGGGUUGUACGACCCUCGGAGGAGAUAACGCUCGCGAAGAAGUUUCUACGCCGGGCGGCUAAAAUUGCCAUCAUGGCCGGUGUCUGCUGGAAGAUGAUUUACGUGUGCGAGGACAUGUUCGGAAUUUCGCGCCGUCUCGCCAACAUGGGCUAUUGCUUCUGGAUACUGGCGAUCGGGAGCAGCGUAACGGCGCUGUUUAUGUUUUUCGAGCUCUUUGUGUACUUUGUCCGGUUCGAGGAACCGAAAUCGCCGGAUCAGAUUAUGAAGACAGACGAUUUCUGCAUUCCGUACGUACCGCUCGUACUGCAGGCGAUCAAUGCGAACGGGUUGUUCUUUUUCCUGAUCGCAAACCUUCUCACCGGACUGGUGAAUCUGGUGUUUCAAACGUUCCUGCUGGGCAACGCAGCGGCACUCACGAUAAUCGGCUAUUAUAUGUUUAUGGUGUGUGUUGCGGUAUGUUUCCUGUACGUUAACAACGUAAAGUUAAAGAUAUGGUAA